AUGAACGAGCCGCCGCCGCCACCACGAGGCACCAACUGGAAUCUCUUUUGGCUCGAGAGCAUAGACGCGAUCCAGAAUGACGUUACCCCGUCGAGAUCGGCGGAGAACGAGCCGAUUCUGAGCGCCAGCUCGUAUCGCGAGCGGACGUCCGACGGCCAGGACGAGCUGCGUUACCAGCCGCUGAGCUCGACCCACCUCUACCGCACGGACAAGGACGCGGACGAGGCGCGACUCGAGAGCUCCCGAAGCCACGAGCAACUGGAGCUGGCGAGCCUCGACGAGAGUUGGCGCUACGCCAGCCCGACCAACGGCCUCAACCUCGACGACCUGGCGGCUAACCACGAUCUGCUCAGCCCGUCCAAGCGUCUUCUCGAUCCGCUCGACGGCAAUCAGAUCGAGGUCAAGCCUGGUGAUUAUUACAGGAACAUCGUCCCGACGAGGAGCGACAAUCUGUCGGGGGAAGCUCAAGGGGCUCCGGAGGAACGUCAGCUAGGCACACCCUGGUCGGAGCCCCAGGAAGCCCGUACUCUGCCACAGCAGCAGCAACAGUCUCUGGACAGCGAUCCGCGCCAGCUGUUCCUACAAAAUGUGCCCCGUCAAGCUCGAGGGGGCAGCAGCGAUCGGCCACGCACGGACGAGGAGGAGGCCUCGCCGAGGAGCUUUAAGGGCGAGCACGCGCCCGUCCCGGCCGUCAACCAGCAGCGACAGGCCAAUCCCGACAUACAGGACAUCAUCACGGGUAUCGUCAAUAUCCUUCACGGCAAGGUCAACGUGGCCGUGAAUUCGGCCAAGCCGGCUCGAGCACCCGUCCAGACCACCAGAAUAAACAACAGAGGGCCGCCGAGGAUAUCGGACGUGUUGCCGAUGCCGGCCGACUUCAACACGGCCGGCAUGAAUCCUCCGCCGCCUCUGCCCGAGGAGCCCGCGACCUUCGAGACUCCGCCGGCCCCGAGCACUCCGUCGUUGAACCAGCUGCCGCCCGACCCGCCGCAAUCGGCCUACGCGCCUCCUCUGCAACAACCGGACUCCAUCGUGCCGGCGAUGCUUCCCCCGAGGCCCUGGGCCAAUCGACAUCCUCUCAAGCCCGGUACGAGACGGCCAGUUCCAGCUUACAAACCGCUGCCACCGAUCAGCAUGAACACUCUACCUGCGGGAACGUCGUCGGAACAGCAGCAGCAGCAGCAGCAAGAGAAGCAACAACAACAGCAAGAGUCGAAAGAAAGCGUGGCGAAAACUCCACUGGCGUCGCUUCGGCCCGUUGCGAUAAGCCCGACGAGGAAGUACCAGUCGACCCUGCGCACCGACAGUCCCGUGGGCGAGAACACCCUCGUGCUGGGCGCCAUACCGGUCCAGCCGCUCCCCAUCCACACGGUCUACGAGGAGGAGGAAGCGGGAGCCGACGAGCCGCAACCCGUAGUGCCGCUCGCCACCGACUCGUUCUCCUCGCUUAACGCAGCUAGCAAGCAAGCAGCCGUCGAGGUGGCCAGCAGCGAUAGCACCAGCCGGACGAGCUACCUCGAUCGAGAGACAGCUACCAUCCAAAGCAGCAGCAGCAGCAGCACGACGAUACUCGUCGAAGCAACCUCGAGCAGCAGCCAGUUGCCGAUCGAGGCCAGCGCCACGAGGCCGAGCCAACAGCCGGAUCAGCAGCAGAUCGACUCGGGACCCAAAAUCGACCAGUUGCCCAUCGACGAGAUACAGCUGCAAUUGGAGCCGAGCGGAGCUCAGCUGCCGAGCAGUGGCAUCGCCGAGCUCGCCAGCUCGACCCCCACCGAGGCCUUGUCCAGUGGUCUCACGAGGACGGCUUCGCUGCCUCAAAGAGUCCCGGCCAUCACCAGCUCCAUCACCUUCUCCCGAGGCCAAAGUUCGGUGUACACGUAUCGGCCGAGGCCGGGAAUCGUUUUGGACGACACUCUCGAUUACACGAGCAUCCGAGGAGGCGUCGCGGCGACCCAGAGGCCCUAUCCAGGUCCCGUGCACCAUCAUCCUCAUCCUCAUCAUCCAGUGGUAGCUCCGCCACGACAUCCGGUGAGCGAUCAUCAGGGCCCCGACACCUUCGACGUGGUCGUCUCGGCCAUUCAGGGGCCAGGUGCCGGCUCGGGCGGUGGCGCCGCCGAGGUUCGAGUGCCCGUCGCCACGGGUGGUCUGCUCCAGGGCAGCGCCGAGGAGAUCCUCACCGCACCGGUCGAGGGCCAAGGCUUCGUCAGCAUCGACGGCAAGCGCACCUACCUCAACCUCUUCGACACGACGAGCAGCAGCAGCAGCAGCAGCGAGCCACCCCACGUCAGCACCGUGGCCAGCGUCGCUAGCACCAGCAGCAGCAGCGUCAACAGGGCCCGCGUCCAGCCCACGAGGACGACCAGCGGCGUCGGGGUGGUCCAGGCCGGAUCCCCGAGACCCGGACGACUUCCGGUCCGGCCGACCUUCCAGCGGAGGCCGAGCCAACCUCCGGUGCGCAUCGACACGUGCAUCGUCGGCGACUCGAGCACCUGCGACGCGAGCCAGCACGAGUCCUGCACCACCGUCCACGGGGUUUCGGCCUGUCACUGCAAGCCUGGAUUCGCCAGGAUCGUCCACACGCUCCCUUGCAAGAAAGUCGUGAGCAUCGUCGUCUCGAUACGCGUCGACAAAAUGUACGACCAGAAAGUCGUCUGGGACAAGGAUUUGGCCGACAAGGACUCGGAGCUCUACCAGAGCCUCGCUUACGAAGCCAACAGAGCCAUCGAGUCGGCGAUGUCGAUGACGCCCUUCUCCGACGAGUACGUCGUCUCCGUGGUGAACGACAUUUACGAGGGCGACGUGAGCAAGGGCCAAGGCGGCGUCUUCGUCAACACGACCCUGAAGCUGGCCUACGAGCCGCGCACGGCCAGGCCGAGCUUGGCCGGCGAGCUGCAGAAGCACCUGCUCGGGGUCAUACAGCGACGCUACAACAACAUCGGCAACAGCGCCCUGUGGGUCGACACGCCGGCCGGCUCGAUCUCCAAUCUGCAGGACCUCGACGAGUGCGCCUCGAAGGAGCUCAACGACUGCCACUCGAUGGCCAGCUGCGUCAACAACUGGGGCGGCUACAGCUGCGCCUGCCAGCAAGGCCUCAAGGACCCCCACAAGGCCGAUCCUCUCAAGGCGGGCCGCACCUGCCUCGGCUGUCCAUCCUCGCACUGCAACAAUCGCGGCACCUGCUCCUACCAGAACGACCAGAUGCACUGCGCCUGCAUCGGCAACUACUACGGCUCGCAGUGCGAGACCGACGGCGAGGUGCUCGGCGUGGCCAUCGGCGCUACGGUCGUCGCCGUCGUCACCAUCCUCUUGACCGUCACCUGCCUCUGCAGGUUGAGCCGCAGGUGGUCUCGAGAGCAGAAGGCCCUCAACCCCAUUUACGGAUACAUGGCCGGAGCUCACCCGGGUACUCUGCCAGGAGCCAUGGGAACGAUGGCAUCGGUGAAGCAAGGCCCGCCGUCGACUCUGUCGCCUUACAUGUGGGGCCCGGUAGCCGAGCACUUGGCCCCCGGCAACGUGUACGCGACCGAGCCCAUGGGCCCGACCCGACCCUCCUCGGCCUUGUUCGCCUACCCCACGCUCAGUAUGCACGGCACGCUGCGCCCGGUGCCGCUGCCCAGAGUCCAGCAGAUACCGCCCCGGGCCAGACUGAGGCACCAGCAGCAGCACCAGCAGCACCAGCAGCCCCCGCAGCAUCAUCUCGAGCCCGACAGCUCCGACUCCGAGCCCCAGGACAAGGACCGAGCGGAUCUCAUACCUCAGAAUAACUUUCAAGUGCCAAGGCCCAAGUCCAGAUCGUCUCUAGCUAACCAAAGUGGAAUCUACUACGACGUUGAGUACGAUCAAGGCGAUGCCAGACACUUGUCCAAAAACAACAUACCCAUGUCGACUUACAGUAUGGCGCCCUAUUACCGAACGUGAUCUCAACUAUCUUGACCAGCUUCCCCAUGGAACUGAGCAAUGAGUCUCGAUAAAGUCACGAUACCUAGCUCGAUCGUCCUGAGCUUUUAGUCCGCUGACUCGAUCCUCUCCGUAAUUCUGAGAAUUUAAGAAUCUCCUUAGCUUCGUUACAUGAACUCGUAACGAUUUAUGAGCGCAUGUCGCGUAUCGAUGUAUCCCAAGGAUUAUUUGCUAAUUUUUUAAACGUCAAAUAAGACUGGCUAAUCUGCCGAAAAGCGUUUAAUAUCACCGUCACAAAAAUAAUUCAAGGAUCAAACGAUCGGCCCUUACAGUCGUUAUCGAAUUUAUUUUAUGUAUCAUAUCGUUGACGCAUAUAAUGCGUAUAAUACUUGCAACUCGACUGCUAAUGAUGAAAUACUAAAUAUAAUUGUUAAGUUUUAUAUGUAAAAAGGAAUAUGUCUUAAAUAAUGUA